AUGGAGAUUUCUUCCCACCAGUCUCACCUCCUGGAGCAGCUGAAUGAGCAGCGGAAGCAGGACUUGUUCUGUGACUGCAACAUCCUGGUGGAGGGCAAGGUCUUCAAAGCCCAUCGCAAUGUGUUGUUUGCCAGCAGUGGCUACUUCAAAAUGCUCCUUUCGCAGAGCUCGAAGGAGACGAGUCAGCCAACGAUAGCCACGUUCGAGGUGUUCUCUCCAGAGACGUUCAUGGUUAUCCUGGACUUUGUGUAUUCAGGGAUAUUGUCUUUAACGGGUCAGAAUGUCAUCGAAGUCAUGUCAGCUGCCAGCUAUCUGCAGAUGACAGAUAUCCUCAAUGUCUGCAAGACCUUUAUUAAGUCCUCAUUGGAUAUUAAUGAAAAGGAAAAGGAUCAUUACCUCAGCCUCUCGGCCAAAAGUGCAAGCACUGAACCCACCCCCGCCCGCCCAGCUCUUUACCGCUCCAGAAGGAAAGCAAAGAGCAACCCCCGGCGUUCCUACUCGAUCCCGGAUGAAAAACCCAACGGGAACGAAAACUGGAGCAGUUACAGCAGCUACCUGUCCUCACAGGUGAUCUUACAGCGGGCAGAGACCCAGCUGUCCAAAAGAGGCAGGAAACAGAGCUCCACGAGGAAGCGCCGCAAGCACCUGGGGCUGUCGCAGGGCCGGGAGCCGGGAGGGUGCAAAUCGGACAGGGCGGAGCGAGCCGGAGCCUCGGAUGCCGCUCACAUCUCCCGCGAGGGAGAGGAGGCCGAGUUUGAUGCCGAGAACGACGUGGAUCGGGAUGAUUUUGGCUAUCAUCCCGGAGCAGAUGGACCCAAGAGGUCCCUGCCAGGUGACCUGCCCCGGAUGCGUUUCAAGUGCCCGUUCUGCACCCACACCGUGAAGCGCCGGGCGGACCUGAAGCGUCACCUGCGGUGUCACACCGGGGAGAGGCCGUACCCCUGCGAGGCCUGCGGGAAGAGAUUCACCCGCCUGGAGCACCUGCGCAACCACUUCCAAACGAUACACCAAGCUGGCAAACUGAUCUGCAGGAAGUGCAAGCACCAGGUCACGGAGCUGACGGGGUGUGUGGUGCAGCAAGGGACACGGCGCUACAGACUGUGCCACAAGUGCUUGGCAGGAGCCAAUUUCGACAGCAUUGCUGAGGAUUUCAAUGCACCUGAACAUUCCCCUGUCUCCUCCACGGGAAACAAACGUCCCAAAUGGGCUUUGGAGGAGGAGCAGAAAUCAGAUGAAGAGACAGUAGAGGAGGAGCCCUAUAAUUUGGUUGUCCGACACAAUAAUGAUGAUGUUCCCGAUGAGGUAAAGGAAAAGGUGAAGCCAAAUCUUAGGUAGAUCUUGGUGUAUUUGUUAUUGUUGUGUUCAAGAUUAACUGACUCGAGUCCGACCAACUAUUACUGGUUUACUACUUUUAAUAAAAUGAAUUAUUGCUAAAAUUCUGUUCUGAGAAGCGAAAUUUGGA